UUGGGAGCAGUAGCGAAGAUUUUGCUGCCACUUCCUGAUUUCUACCUUGAGAUCGGAUCUAAGCUGGGACAUGAUCGGGGCAUUUAAAUGGAAUUCUCAGCCUCAAGAACGUCAGACUUUGGGAUAGGGUACAGAGGAAUAGAGGCAUCAGGAAAGAAGCCACAAACUUGUGCAGAGCUGCUGCUGCCAAACUGAUGAAGACAGAAACUUGUAAGAGAAAACAGCACGGGAAGUUCCUGUUAAGGAAAGGAAUGAGGUUUUGUUUGCAUGUCAUUCAUGGCUCACCUGUCCCACAAACCCUGAAAGUGCUGUAAAAACUGAAAAGCGUAAAAGGGAUCCUCAGGUGUACCCAUGGAAAAGACAGAUGACCAGAACUGCCAGGAUAGACAUGAAGAAGACAACCCAAAGAGUUCCCCAUUUGACUUUGUUAUAAAACAGUUCCAAGGAAAGAAGUGUGCUCCUGAAGAAAGGAAAGAGCAGCCCUCAGCUAUCAAACAAUUCUUCAAAGGCUUUGACUUUGGGAACUCUGAAGGCAAGGACAGAAGGGAAAUCAAAGAAACAGAAACAAACAAUGCUGGAACUGAUGAUCAGAGUGAAAAGCAAGAUCUCUCUGUAGAAGAUGGACUUUCACAUCUCACUUCUGAAGCAGAGACACCAUCUGGUGAGCAGAGAUUUAACCAGUUCAUGGAGAAACUGGGAAAGAAACCCAACAGCAAGAAUCUGGAUCUAAAUAAUUGUGCACUAAGUGCAGCAGAUAUAGAAGAGCUGGCUUCUUUACUGCCAUUUCUCCCAGAACUGGAAGAAAUCAGCCUGUCCUGGAAUGGUUGUGUUGGAGGGACUUUGAAAGCUCUCACUGUUCAUCUUCAUCAUGUGAACCUGUUAAAAGUCCUGCGACUUAACAACUGCAGGCUGACAGCUGAGGAUGUCAUCUCCUUAGGAGAGGCAUUUGAAAUUGUUUCUCAGCUUGAAGAACUGGACUUAUCAUGGAACAGUAACAUAGGUGGAAAACUAUCACUGCUGACAAAAAAACUUCAGGAAGGAUGCAAAUUAAAAUGUCUGAAAAUUACGGACUGUAACCUGACUGCAAAGGAUGGAGAAUCCCUGGCUGAACUUCUAAAUGUGAUCCCAAACCUCGAAGUAUUAGAUCUCUCUAUCAACAAAAACAUUGGCUGCAGCAUGAAGGUUAUUGCUCAGGAUCUGAAAAAUGUGCCAGGCUUGAAAGAGUUAAACUUGCACAUGUGUGGAUUAAAGCAAGACGGCCUCCAGGGCUUAGACACUGCUUUACAACACCUGGCAGAGCUAAGGAAAUUAGACAUCUCGUGUAACAGAGAGAUUGGUGGUGGCUUUAAAGCCUCAACAGCUCAUUUGGCCAGCUUGAAAAAUCUGGAAGUCCUUGAUCUUCACCAGUGCUGUGUCACAGAAGAGGACAUGACUGUUUUGUCCCAGGUGAUACCUUUACUUUCCAAUCUUCAAGAGCUGAAUUUAUCCUCGAAUAAAAAUGUAGGACUCUCAUCAGAUCCUCUUCUGGGCAGGCUCAGGUUUUUACCCAAGCUGAGAUCUCUGACCAUCAGCAAUUGUGGCUUAGGUGAAGACUCCCUUUCAUCACUAGCUGAGGCUGCCCUUCACCUUCCUGAACUGGAGAUAUUAGACCUUUCUUGGAAUAAGUGCGUUGGUGGGAACCUAAAGCUGCUUUUGGGAGCACUAAAGCUUGCAACGGAGAUUCAAGUGUUUAGACUGAGCAGCUGUAACCUGGUGGCUGAAGAUUUGGCACUUCUAACAUCCCUGAGGCAAGAUGGCCAUUUAGCCAGGUUGCAGAAGCUGGAUUUGAGUUAUAAUAACAACAUCUCUGAUGAAGGCUGGGCUGUUUUCUGCCAAGGUUUAGGAGCAUUCAAGGAACUCUCCGAGCUGGAUGUGAGCCUCCGGCCGUCGUCCUGCCGGGACUGUGGGCCAUGGUUCAGGGAGCUGUUGGCAGCACUGACACAGCUGCCAGCCUUGGCAGAGCUGGGCAUGCAGAGAUGGGGCCUUUCAGAGCCCCAGAGGAAGCAAAUGGAAAGCUUUAAUCAAGACAACAAAAGAAACAUUCGUUUUGACUGUUGAUGAAGGUUGGAGGUGUUGGGAAGGCCUUUUGGGAGCAGCACACGAUUCAAGCAUUAUGUGUCUCUGACUUAGAAGACUGCAGUUUUUAAUAAUCUCUGAAAUAGUUUCACAGUUAUAAAAGACUGUUAUUUGACAUUCUGCACCAUAGAUCAUUCCAUUUAAUAACAUUCUUUCAGAUUCUCUGGGUCAUACUUACUCUACUUAAUUUUCAUGUUGUGAAUACAGUGCCAAGGCCACUGUGCAGAGAGCAGUGCUGGAAUCCGAGGGACACACUGCAGGUUUGGCCAUGGAAGGAAAGGCUGGGGUUUGUGUUAAUGAAGGUGGGUGGGCAGAGGGAAUGUGGCCUCAGAAAAACACCUCUAAUGUGAAAAU